AUGGAAUCAAAAAAAAUGCCAUUUGCCUAUUCAUUUAAUGUUGAAACACCAAGUCAACUUAUUGAUAUAAUGACUGAUCAAGAAGUGUAUUUACCAAUGGAUAUUGGUCUCAAUCAAAUGGCAAAUAUACGUUUUAUAAUUUUAACACGUCGUUUACAUCAAAUACCAUUUGAUAUAAUAAAAAUUGAUGAUUAUUGGUUUAUAGAAAAAGUUUUUUAUUAUGAUUUAAAGAAUUAUUUGAAACAAGGAGAUCGUAUUCUUAUCAUAAAUAAAACAAUGAUUUCUAAUCAAUUACAAGAAAUAGAUAUUUUUAAAUUAAUACUUCAUUCAUCAAUUCCAUUUAUUAUAUGGGUUACUUGGGAUGCAGAUACAUUUUUAAAAUAUCAAACUAUAUUUCGACAAUAUGAAAAUAAACAUGCUUAUAUCAAUGCAAAAGCUUAUUUACUUCAAACAUAUCAUUAUAAUGAUAUUAGUUUAUACGAUCAUCUUGCAUUUAUUAUUGCUAAUACUAUUCAAAAUCCACAAAAUAAUAUAGAUAAUUUUUUUGAAAAACUAAAUCAAUAUGUACAAUAUCCAAUUUUACAAUCAAAUUUACGUCCAACAGAGGAUAAUACUAAAUUAACAAUGGUGAAAAUACAUGCUCAAUUACUUGAAGGAAAACAACGUGAUUUACUUAAAUCUAAAGAUUAUAUGAUUAAAGCUGUUCCUGAUCUAAUAGAAAUGGUUUAUUAUUGUUCAAGUGCUGGUUAUGGUAUUCAUACAACAGAAAUUAUAUUAAUUUGGUCAGCUAUGAAACGUUUAAAUAAUGAAAUUAAUUGUACUGAAAUGAAAUUUUGGGGAAAAAUAUUUGGACUUUAUUGUGAUUAUUAUAUUAUUCAAGUUCAACAUGAAAAAGAAAUUCCAUUUGAUGAAAUUGAUAUUUGUAAUCAAUCAAGAAAUCGAAAAUAUUUCUCAAUAUCUAAACAUUUAAAUCAAGAACAAGAGAAAUUAUCAUUUGAAAUUCCAAGUGAACCACAUGGAAUUGGUACAAAUCAAUAUACAUAUUUUGUAACGAAUUCACCUGGACUUCCAUGGAUAAAAUUACCUGAUGUUAAACCAAUUAUGAUUGAAUAUGCAAGAAAAAUUCGAUGUUUAUUUACUGGUUGUCUUUUAUCGAAAGUUAAUGGAUUUCCACCAUAUCCUGGUUUAGAAAAAGAUUAUUUACGAGCACAAAUUGCACGUAUUACAGCAACAACACAUAUAUCACCAGCUGGAUAUUAUAUUCUAACAGAUAAUAGAGAAGAAGAAGAAAUAAGUUUUAAUAAUGAACGAAAAGAUCCAAAUAUUAUACUCAAUUCUGAAUAUAAUAAUGAUUCAACACAUUUAAUUACAGUUGAAUUCUUAGCUGAUAUAAAUUUACAAGAAUGGGUACAUACUCUACCGGAAAUAUUAUUACAAGGACGUACUCAUUUUUGGCGUCCACCUUCUACAAAAACAACAAAUUUAAGUGUAGCAGAUGAAGAAGAAGACGAAGAAACAUUAGAUAGAAAUAGUAUUGAAAUACCUGCACCACUUUUACAACCUAUUGGAGAUGAUAAACUCUUAGAUACUAAUCAAACUCCAUGGUCAAUUGGUUUAACAAUGUCUAUAAUGCAUGAAUAUAGUUUAUGUUUUGUACGAUCAAAUAUUUGGCCUGGUGCUUUUACUCUUGGUAAUGCUGGAAAUUAUUUUAAUUUAUAUGUUGGUUGGGGACAAAAAUAUGAACAAUUUAAUCCGUCUCAACCAUCUCUACCUGAAAAUGAAUUGAAAAAACAAUUCAUAGAACAAAAUGAUCCAACUGUAGAAUUUGAAAAAGCAAUGGAAGAAGCUCAACGUGAAACUGCUUUAGAUUUAACGUCUGAAGAAUUUACUAAUGAAGAAGAAGAUGAUGAUAAUGAUGAAGAAAUAUUUACUGAUGAAGACUAUUAA